AUGGACACUAAUUUUUCGGACCAAGCCACCAAUCGUCAGUCCUAUAAUCGAGAGAGUAUGCAAGAAGGCUCAAGCAACUGUCGUUUUGGUGCAGGACACUCGAAUGUCAAUCCUUUUCAAGACUACCCAUCUCAUCGUUUUUCGGCGCUUCCUCCGAAUCAGGCCCGAUUUAGUGGAGGCAUGGGAUUUUCGUUGAAUUCUCAACGACCUAUGGUGGUUGGUGAAGCUUCAUCCCAAGCACAUACUUUUACGCAGUUUCAGAAGUUACCGUCCCCUCUGACGUGUUCCUCCGGUGAAGAACCUGAUCAACAGAUGGCCGCAGUAAGCGAAUGCAGCCCAGCCACACCCAUGUCAGCUGAUGAAAACAGUGCCACAAUGCAUGUGAUGCCAGUUUCCGAUACGGAAAUUGAAAGGCCGCCACGGCAUAGUGAACAGUCAUCCGAAGAUCUAGCUGUUGUUAAUAUUUUACAUUACGAGUUCAAAGAUAGGGUUGGUCAACCGUUCAAAUGCCCCACGUUGAAUUUGUGGGUAGAUGGAUUUUGCGGUUCAGGUGAUCCAACGAGAUUCAGUCUUGGCUCGCUCGGUAACAGCAGUCGACAAGUCGGUGUGAUACCAGUCAGGGGUCAGAUAGGAAAGGGAAUGCAAAUGCAAUACAAAGAUGGUCGAACAACGAUCACUUGCCUGAGUGAGUCUCCAUUGUUCGUACAAGCUCCGCUACAUGCUAGGCGCCUGAAUGAUGAUGCGGCCACCGUUUACCGAUUAUCAGGUGUUGCUGAAGGCGAUGAUGUCAAUAGUCGAACAAUAGAUAUUUUUGAUGAACUUUUGUUCGAGAAACUUCUCGAGGAGGCACGACAGCAAGGUUAUCGUCAUGUGUAUGCACUUCAGAGCUUAUGUAUAUGUAGAGUAUCGUUCGUAAAAGGUUUCGGUAAAAGUUAUCGACGAAUGACUAUACUUGAAACUCCUUGCUGGAUUGAGAUUCACUUCAUGAACUAUCUUCAGAAGCUUGAUGAGGUUAGCUUUCAGGUUUAA